ACAGGCUUGCAGCACGCCGGAGCUGUCUCGUCCACGUCCACCGUCAGCAACAACACCCACCAUCAUGUCGUCGCCAGCACGGCGUGCCGAUGUUCCCAGAUGGUCCAGCAUCCCCAUCGAGCUUGCGGGCGUCGUGCUCCGCCGCCUCUCCUGCCAUGCCGACCGGGUCCGCUUCGCCGCCGUCUGCAAACAGUGGCGAGCCUCCGCGCGGCAGAGCCCUCCGCCCUCGCACUACCCGUGGCUCGCCUUGCCUGACCGGACGUUCUACAGCCUGCCGGGCUCCGCCUUCCGGCCGCUGCCGCUCCACCUCGACCGCCACCGGCAGCUGCCGCACGCGCAGAGCUCCUGCGGCGAGUGGCUCGUGUUCGAGCGCUUCGACGGCGCGUACACGCUGGUCAGCCCCUUCUCCAUGUCCACCACCAUCCUGCUCCCCGGCCUCUCCGACACAUACGCCCCCAACGUGCCUCUCCUCGUCGCCAACGACCAGCCGAAGCCCAACAUGCUGAAGCUCGUCGUGUGCUCCCACGACCUCAUCGCCGCGAUCGUGGUCGAUAACGAGGCAUCGACGACGUAUAGCAAGCUCGCCUUGUGCCGGCCAGGGGCGUCCUCGUGGUGGUCGAUCUGCACACCCGACGAGCUUCGCCACCUCCAAGACAUUGUCUGGUGCGGGGGAAAGCUCUACGCCCUCGACAGCUGGGACGGGCUCUUAUCCGUGUCCAUCGGCACCGGCGAUCCCACCGUGUCACGGGUCGACCACAUCUUGCAUAACCCCCGUUGGGCCGUCGAAGACUCGCCGCGAUACCUGCUAGAAUCCAGCGGGACGUUGCUGCUGGUCUGCAGGGAGGAUCGUCCUAUGAACAAGGCGAAGCAGACGGCGACAGGGCCGGUGGUUGUACUAUGCAAUGCGCUGGAGCUGGAGAUGGGAACCCGGUUCAAGGUGUUCGAGGCGGACUUGGCGCGGCCGCGGUGGGUUUGGCUGACGAGCGUCGGCGACGACCGGGUGCUGUUCGUCGGGCCAUGGUGCUCCCGAGCGGUUCAUGUUACCGGCGCCGCCGAGCAGGACACCGGGUGCCGUAUCUUCUUCACGGAGGACGCCAGUGCUGGAAGAUACAAUCAUAGAUACUACCAGAAACAGGAGCCCUUCUACUGCAGCGUCUACGACAUGAGGACGCGGCGGUCGCACUUGUUCCUGGACACGCCGGUGUGCCCGUUAAAAGGCUUCCCGGUGACGUGGCUAUUCCCUCCAAGCCAGGGAGGAUAGCUGCACCAUAAAACCACGAUUAAUGCUACGUCUACAAAGGUUUACUUAAAGAUUUUUACGUCCAAACUGAUAUGUAGGAUUGUGGUUGGUAAUUGAAAGAUGAGGGACCCCACAUUCACUGAAAAUCAGAGUGGGAAGAAGAAUUAGUUUGAAAGGUUAAGUAAACCUUUGGUCUAGCAUUAUUGUAAAACCACACCUUCGAGUUUUGACGGUCUGGUCGCAUUUUAGACUUAAUUUGAAGUCUAGCUCU